GAUCGAUCGGCAGUAGGAAGGAGGGCUGAUGCUCAGUCCUCCCCUGCCGCAACGGCACCCCAAGGAGCAGAUGCUGUCUGUGAAGUCAUUUCGAUGAUCUUGGCCUCUGAGAUACUAGAAAUUGCUGGGGUGCAUAUUCAGAGGUCUGCAAAUGUUGGCUUCCUUUACUAGCAAGCCAUUAUUUGUGGUUUCACCCAACCACACUUCAUGAGUUUUCUAGCAGCUUGAGAAAGAAUCAGGCUACAUUACUACUUUUGAUUUGAAAGUUAGCCAAGCUGAAUAUGUGGUUCUGAUCAUUCCACUGGGAAAUGCACCAUGAAGUGUGAGGUCAGACUGCAACUGUACUGCUGUGUAGGCGUCUUCAAUUGCAGAAGUCAUCAAACCUCUCAUUUUUAACCAGGUUAUGUCUUGCCGUUCGAGGUGGAAAUAAUACUUCAGAUUCCUUGGUGGCAGCUUAAUUAUUUGAGCCAUGGUGUCAUGGAGAGGGAUUUACUUUGUACUUUCACUAUUCUUGGGAAGUUUUUUUGGAAGCAUUUUCAUGCUUGGUCCCUUGCUGCCUUUGAUGUUUGUUUCUCCUGCCUGGUAUCGCUGGGUUACUGAUAGAGUUGUUGCAACCUGGCUUACUCUUCCAGUGGCUUUGUUGGAGAUCGUGUUUAAAGCAAAGGUGGUUAUAACAGGUGAUGGAUUCAUUCCGGGAGAAAGAAGUGUUAUUAUCAUGAACCACCGAACCCGAAUGGAUUGGAUGUUUUUGUGGAAUUGCCUGCUCAGAUACAGCUACCUCAGACUUGAAAAAAUAUGCCUCAAAUCUAGUCUCAAAGGCAUUCCAGGAUUUGGUUGGGCGAUGCAAGUUGCUGCCUUCAUUUUCAUUCAGAGGAAAUGGGAAGAAGACAAAAAUCAUUUUGAAAAUAUGCUGGAUUAUUUCUGUGACAUUCACGAACCUCUGCAGCUUCUCCUCUUUCCUGAAGGAACUGAUCUCACAGAAAACACUAAAGCCCGCAGUAAUGACUUUGCUGAAAAGAAUGGACUUCAGAAAUAUGAGUAUGUCUUGCACCCAAGGACGACAGGCUUCACAUUUAUAGUGGAACGUUUAAGAGAAGGCAAUAACCUUGACGCUAUUCAUGACAUAACGGUAGCAUAUCCCCAAAACAUACCUCAAACUGAGAAGCAUCUUCUAUACGGGAACUUCCCCAAAGAAAUUCAUUUCCACGUCCACAGAUACCCAGUUCAAGCACUGCCAGUCUCUCGGGAAGAACUGCAAGUCUGGUGUCAGAAACGAUGGGAAGAGAAAGAAGACCGGCUCCGAUUGUUCUAUGAAGGCAAAAAAUACUUUGAUGCUACGGGGAGAAGCAAAAUCCCUCCUUGUAAAUCUGAGCUCAGGGUCAUGGUGGUUAAGUGCAUUUCACUUCUGUAUUGGACCCUCUUCACACUUGCUGCAUUUAUGCUGCUAUACUUGUACAACUUUGUACGGUGGUAUUUGGUGAUUCUGGUUGUCAUUUUUGUUGCACAACACAAACUGUUUGGUGGGCUCGAAUUGAUUGAACUUGCACGCCAUCGAUUUGGUAGCAGUAAACAGAACGUUCACAACCAGAAAAGAAACUAAAUUUAUUUGGGGUAUUGUUGGGGAGUAUGUUUGUGGAUGUUUUUUUAGAUGUGUUACAGAAUUCGUAAAUUGGGAAGAGAUUUUGCAUGAAAAUCCUUAGUUUUUCUUACUGCUGUCAUUGCUUAAUCCACUUUGCACUUAUAUUGUGAAAAGGGUAGACGUUGCUACAUCUGAAAAGUUAAUUUUUGAAUGUUGCCAGAAGCUAGUGUCUACUGUUUAGCUACAAAACAGUUUGCUGACCAUUCAAAAUGUAUAGCCAUUGAAGCUCUCUAUAGUGAGCUCUAAAUAUAGCUGGACAAAUCAUGGAGCUAAAAAUAGUGGUCCAUGGUUGCUACACAACCAUAAAUCAAAUGCAAGAUUUGAACUUUAUAUCAUAUUACUUGAUUAACAUUUGCCUCUCUAUAAUUCUCUUUCUACUGUCACUUGCAGGGAUCUAACAGAUUAUACAAUUACCAUCUUUAGCAUCAGCGAAUUUCUGGCUUUACAGGAAGGAAAAACAAAACAGAGUGUCUCAAUUUGGAUCCACUUCAUUGUACUCCAUUUUGACUUGCCUGUUUUUCCUUGUAAUUGAAUGUUUACGACUUGCAUAUUGCGAUCCCACUUUGAAGUAAGUUACACUGAAAUUUAUAAGGCUUAUUGGUCAGUAAAAUGAAAUGGCAAAUGCUUUUGAUUUAUCUUCAUAACAGAUCUUGGCACUGUGGUCUCCAUAGCAUUGUAUUUCAUCCUGAUGACCAACAUCCUUGUCCUGUGGAAAGUGUGACAUAUUUUCAGAGCAUGGGCCAACUUGUAUUUGGAACAAGGCUUGCCUGGAGCUUAACCCAUGGCAAACUAUUCCCAACAUAGGGAAGUUUAUGCGUACCCAACAUAAAAGUAAAUGGGAAACUUGAGAGGGAAAAAAUGUAUUAAUUUGAUUAAAUGAAAGUGAAAUUUGAUUGUAAAAUAGUCACUUUUCCAUACAAUUAACUUCUAAAGUAGCCUUUAUAUUAUUACAAUAUGAUGGUCCCCAAAGGAUUGCAAUAUCACAUGGCAAGCCUUGUUAUAUUUAUCUUACUGGAAUAAUGUUUUCAGAGCCCCAGCUGGCACGUAUUGUUAUUCUGACUUUCUAAUAAGGUUCACUCGAGCAGUGUCAAUUGAAAAUCCUUCUUAUAUUCCCCAGGUUCCAAGAGUAUGAAGAAAUGCUGCAUCACAAUGCCAAUGAGGGAAAGCAUGUAACAUUCAUACAUGACAGAUUCAAAUAGGCAUGCAGGGUAGAAACUGUUGCCUUCCAUCUGAAAAAUCUGGUGGAUUUUUCAAGCAAUAUGUUACAACUGUGUAAUAACUAAGUUGGUUUAGCUAAAGAACAUCACUUCCCUGGGUAUAUGUGAGAGAUUUUUGUUUUCUUUACUCACACAUGUUGUUUCUCUGCUUAAUUCUAGGGCGUAAGGGUUAGGGUUAGUAGCCCUACCUAGUUUUACUUGCUGUGGUGAAAACAAUAAAACUCUAAAAACCAAUUUUAGAGGUUUUACUUAGCCAAUGAUGUAUCCCAUCACUACCUUGCAAUGUAAUUCCCUUACCACUGUGCCACUGUGCAUGGUUUCACUGUUGAGGGAUUCUCUGUGAGAACAACACUGUGUCAUUGCCUUUGCAUAACGGUGCAAAACACUGAGCUGAAGGGUGAUUCAAAGCACAAGAAGAUGAGCUACUACUGACUUGCAUACUCUGCAAUCCAGAGUAAACCAUCUGUCACAUACAGUAGCAGUCUCUGCAGAGCUCUUUAAACUUGUUUUCUGCUGCCUGACUAGGAUUGCGAAUACAGAAGGUCAUCAAGCAUUUGGCAGGCUACAAGAUAUGGCUGGGAGGCUGGUGUCUAUGUGGCUUGAUCCACGAGCUGCUUCCUGUUUUCUAGAACAGCUGCCACCCUUAUUGUUGAAAUCAAAAAGUUUCACCACUGUCAACCGAAUGCCUUUUCCAGAUUUUGGAAAACCUAUUGGUUGCAAGAACCCUUUUCUUAAUUCUAAAGACCUCUCUUAGCUAUUGCACCACUGUUGUUGUAGCCCCCAGACUCUUAUAGUUACCAGUUCCACUUUGUAAGCUAAAUUCCUUCGAAUCAAUGUUCAUAUGUUGAGACAUAUAACUAAGCAUCUUUUUUCUUCCCUCAGCACUUCCCCCCCUUUAACAGUAUAGUGCACUCUUGUGUGGUCUGCAUUUGUUACCAAAUCUUUACAGAUGACAAAGCAUGCCCAGGCAUUUGUUUUCCCUGCCCUGAAUAUUAGUAAUACCAGAGCCAUAAGCCGGCACGUAAAGUAUUCUGCAUUGAUCAUAAUAAUGUCAUGUCGAGUUCCAUGUUUUUGUUUAGUCUCUGUUGCUUCAGCAGUACAUUUUAUAGAUUCGUUUUAUAUAUAUAAAAGUGUAUUAAAACAAACACUAGGGUGUGAAAAAUUUCCAGAAUACCCUAAGUUUUCAAAUUUUACUGAAACAGAAUGUUUUUAGUCGUGAAUAAACAACGUGCUCUUAAAACCACAAUAAAGACUUUAAAAUGUA